UCUGCAAAACCAUUACUUUUUUACCUCCUCGAAUCUCUCUCCUUUCUCUCUCCGCAUUGCGAUGGCAGUCGCGCUGCUCUGCCAAUCGCCCCCGCCCAUUAAUGGCAUUUACUUCUUUGCCACUGACCGCUUUCCCUCGCCGCCACCACCGUCGUCUCCGACCGGCGGUGCUGUCGAUGUCAUAUCAAUGCCGAACAGGCUUCGACGAGGGAGCUCUGCCGCCGAUGCCGCUGCGGCGUUCUAGGACCGGGGGGGUCUCGUGUCCCGCUUUUCACGUUAUCUCCACCCCCCCGUUCCCACGUUCAAACCCGUCGUUAACUUCGAAGAGGAAAUCGGGAGAUACUCCCGUCUACAGUCGCACCCUCGUGGCGGUCAUGAGGGACUCGGCAUUUCUUUAUUAAUUCCCUGCUGGCUUCUGGUCCGAGCUUUUCAAACCUUGUCGUUUCGCGUUCGUUGUUUUCGCUUGCAGGGUCGCUCUGCUUUUCUUUCAGCUCUUGAGAUAUAAAGCAUAGUGAGAAGUCCACUUUUUCUGUGGUGUUGGGUCUUGAAGAAAAUGAUGGAUGGUAGGCGGCAUUCGGUCGAGAUUCCUAUUUCCAGAGCUCUUGUGGCGCUUAGGAGAGUGAGGUCACUCAGGGAUCCUUCGACGAAUUCCAUGAGCAAGUUUUCUGCUUUGAUCGAGAAUGCUAAUUGGGAAACCAAUUCAAAUAAUGGGAUAUCUCUCCGGUUUAUAAACAGUCCCCAAGAAGGCGCCUCUGUUGACAAGGGUCUAGUGGGAAAGGGCCAUGAUAUAAAAUGCUUGGAUGAAGAUGAUGUUAAUCCAACACCGAGGAAGUCUAAGUUAGUUAAUUGUGAGAAUCGCUGCUUUGUUGGCGAUGCAUGCGAUCCAACUUGGAAUGCACCUUCAGGAGAGCUGGAUUUUUGCAGUAAAAAGCAAGAAGAGCUUAUUGGGCUAACAAAUGAAGUGUAUCGGCAUGAUACUACAGACAAAGGGCUGGACUUAGUCUGCGUAACUCCUAGCAAUCGUAUGGAGGAUGUCGAUUCGUGUAGUGAGAUGUCAAUGGGAUCAUCUCGAGCAGAAAAGAUCAAACAUACUGCUUCAGAACGAAAAUCUCAGUACAGGAUCCAGAGAAGAUUGGGCGGUGUUGUUGGUGACGUCGAAAGUUGUGCAGGUACUCCAAGAAAUAUGGGAAUUGAUGCUUAUCUAGGAGGUUCAAGCCGUAGCCCGUCAUUGUUUGCUAAUGAAGUUGAUGCGGAUGAUUACUCUCGGGAUGGAUGCAGCGUUAGCUGCUGCUGGUCAGGGACCCCGAAAUUCAAGAGGUCAAUUGCUUUAUCCGAUGUUGAAGACAGGCCUCUGUUAGUUGAGGAUGUGAAUGAGGCAAAUCAAUAUGGAUGGAGAGAUAUUUGCAGAGAAAAUGGAAAUACUCUGUAUUCAAAUACACAAAAGCGACUUGGUCAAAGGUCAAAGCCUAAAUUUUUCAAUGAAUUGGUUGGUCAAGAUGUAGUAGCGAAGUCUCUACACGGUUCUGUAUCUACAGGAAAAAUACCCUCCGUAUAUCUCUUCCAUGGCCCCCGUGGCACUGGCAAGACUUCUGCUUCGAGAGUUCUUGCUGCUGCACUAAAUUGCCUUAUGUUGAAGGAGCAAGGACCAUGUGGAUUCUGCAGAGAAUGCACAGUUCUCUUUUCUGGAUGGAGCAGAGACAUUAAGGAGGUGGAUUCUUUGAUAAUAAACCGCACAAAUAGACUUCGAUCCAUGUUGAAAAAUGCGGCCAUUCCCCCAGUUUCUUCACGCUACAAGGUUUUCAUCAUCGAUGAAUGCCAAUUGUUGCGUGCAGAGACGUGGGCUAUGAUUCUGACUAGCCUAGAGAAACUUCCCCAGCACGUUGUGUUUAUUAUGAUCACUUCUGAGCUUGACAAGCUGCCAAGAAGUGCCUUGUCACGUUCUCAAAGAUAUCACUUUCCAAAGAUAAAGGAUGCAGAUAUUGCCAACAGAUUGGGUGAAAUUUGCAUAGAAGAGGGUCUGGACUUUGAUCAAGUUGCCAUGGAAUUUAUUGCUGCCAAAUCAAAUGGUUCCCUUCGGGAAGGAGAAAUGAUGCUCGAUCAGCUCAGUUUACUUGGGAAAAGAAUCACAAUGUCCUUGGCCUAUGAGCUCAUGGGAACUGUAUCUGAUGAUGAAUUGCUUGAUUUGCUUGAUCUAGCUUUAUCUUCUGACACUUCCAAUACAGUCAUAAGAGCUCGGGAGUUGAUGAGAUCAAGAAUUGACCCAAUGCAACUGAUAUCACAGUUGGCAAAUCUUAUCAUGGAUAUUCUCUCGGGUCAGUCUCAGGAACUAAAUUCAGAAGCCCGCAGGAAGUUUUCGAACAUUCACACCUCGGAAGCUGACUUGCGUAAAUUGAGUCAUGCUUUGAAGUUACUUUCCGAAACUGAGAAGCAAUUGAGGAUGUCAAAGAAUCAAACAACGUGGCUCACAGUGGCGCUGCUACAACUAAGUUCUGCAGAUUCUUCCUCUUUGGAUGAACGUGAUUCGAAAUAUUGUCCUCGGAACAUGGAGAAGGAUAUAGAUGGCGACUGUUGCAGCAGACCCUCUACAGAAGAGAGCAAGAAGCAUUUCAUCCAUUGUUCAUGUGAUUGUGGUGAAUCGUGUAUAUUGGAUGCACAGGUAAACUACAGGGAAAGGCUGGAUUCUAUCUGGAAAAGGGCUAUGGAACUAUGUCAGUCAAAGGCUUUGAAGAAUUUUCUGAUGAAACAUGGAAGUAUGUCCUCUCUUCAUUUGGAUCAAGGUAUUGCAGUUGCUAAGUUGGACUUCAGUCAUCCUGACUAUGUGACAAGGGCUGAGAAAUCAUGGAAAUUGAUUGCCAGUUCACUUCAGUCCAUCCUUGGCCGUAAUGUAGAGAUUAGAAUCAAUUAUGUACCUUGUGCAGCGGAAUCACAGCGUGUAAAAGUGAAAAGGCCAUCUUUUAGUUUGUUCAGCUGCUCCCGCAGAAUGCUGCAGAAAACACGGACAAUUGUUGAACAAGGAAGUGAUUCUGAUUAUUCUGACUCUACCUGUGACAAGUACACAACUAGGGCAAAAGCAAAUCUAGCGUGCCCUUCUGAUUGCAGAUCUCCAAUGCUGCAUGUAUGUGAUCACCGAAUUGGAGCAGUAAGCACCUUAAGAAAUGCCGACGGAAACUUUCUAAGUAUUGGUACAGACAUGUCCCGGAGGUCAUCACACGACCUGGAGGGCCAUCUGCCGGAUCCAGAGUUUGAUUGUUCAGGAAGAGAGGUGAUCUGCUGUAGACACCGUGUAAUCUCUGGCCGAGAGCCAGAAGUUCAGUCAAACUGUUUCCCCCGUGUUAUGAAGGCUCAGAAGACGUCAAAUGUGCCUGACGCUCGACAGAUGAUCUGCCACGAUAUGCCUGAGGAAAAGAAGCUUGGUUUGUCCAUCCCUGGGCAAACGUCUACAGAGACGUUAAGCUUCGCGGACGAACAAUUUCUUUUCUGCCGUACGGAUGCUUAUACGAGUGUCUCCAGGGACACUGAUACGAGAAGGCAAAGUCCAGAUGUUCUUUGUUGGCGAACCCCAAUAUUGCCACUUAGGAAGGCAUGCGAAAGGAGGCACGAUAGACAACGCGCUCACUUCGUCGAGUGGGUGCUUCCCUGCGGCGCUGCCAAGUAGUUCUGCUGUGCAGAGAUAGGGCGAAGAACCGAUACCCAUCGGAGAACAUUGAUAAGCCGGAAAUAUACCCGAUUUCUCCGAAGUACACUACACCAAAUUGCUCUUGAAUGGUAGCCUGGAGCCAGUGGCAGUUCUUUCUCUCUGCAUGGAAGGUCAACUGCAUAUUGGGCGGCUCUGUUUCUGUAUCCUCAAUUUGUCCACUGGCUUCUCUAAACUGGCUUCUAAGCCCAGUUGGGUAGGCAGAGAACGGAUCUUGGGCUCUCUUUCCUGCUCGCACCAGCGUUGCAAGGAUAAAGACAUGUUCUAUAUAUGCAUUGGGCCCCUGGCAAAUUGAAGUGAAAAAA